AUGGCCGCGUCGGUGCAGUGCAGCAACACAAAGCUGGUGGUGUGGGGACUCGUCCUCGUCAUCCUUUCUAUUCUCAGCAUGCUGGUGGGAGUUGUGAAAGGCGCCCAUUGGCCCAUGGUGGUCUGUGCAUCGGUGUCUGUGCUCCUUUUCCUGCUGUUGUUCGUCGUCGUGUUCACGAAGACAGCUGCACAGGCACGACCCGACACUGCCGAUGCCAUGGAGAUGCAGAAAGAGCAGCAUUGCGUUUGGGCAGCUUGCAAGUUCGGAGAACUGGAAGCUUGCACCCGCCCGGUCUUCAGCCUCCUGUUGGUCAAGAACGACCCUGGCCCUAGCGACUCCAGCGACCUCGACAACAUCGUUACCUGGACCACGCUCACCACGGUUGGGCACAGGCUGACUGGGGCCAUCUCUUGUCAAAGGGCUUGUGCCUGUUGCUUGGAAGACUAUCACAUGGACAGCGAUGUUGCUCUCCUUCCCUGUGGCCACAUCUAUCACCAGGAGUGCAUCGCUCGCUGGUGCGUAGCAUCGGGGAAGGCAGCAUCAUGCCCCACUUGCCGAACAUCUUUCGAUCAAGUGUCAGAGACGAUCAUGGCAAUUUAG